GAUUCACAGCUGGUCUCUGAUGCAGGCUCCAUCCACCAUGGUUCUCCUGGUUCUCCUGGCUCUCGUGGUUCUCGUGGUUGUCCUGGACCUGAGCGCAGCCCUUUUACCCUGUUGAUCAUCAAAUUCUCCUGGAGCAUAUCGAGAACUACGGUGGGAUCUCUGGCAUGUCAAUACAGCGGCUGUAUAGCUUUUCUCGGACACAUCCCACGUUUUUCCUCGUCUUCUCUGGAAAACUAGUAAUUGUAACAUUUGAUUUGUGUGCAAUAGUAGCACACGGUAUCAGCCUGUCUCAACUCGUCAGACCAGUGAACAUGGCCCAGUCGGCUUCUUGGGACCGGCGUGGCUGAGACGUACAAAACGGGGAUAUCUAUAUGUUUUUUUGAUGAGUCACGUCAGCCACAGGUGUCAAAGUACAUCAGUUAAACUUUGGAUUCUAGGUGACGCUCGAACACUCCCCCAUCAAGCUGGUACUUCCUCAUUCAGGCACACACCUAUAGCCAGACAUUCUUCCCAUUGGUGGUGUCUCCGAGGUGUCUCAGUGGGGUGAGGGUACUGUCUGUGGCAGGACCCGUGGCACGUGUUCUGGGCGACAUCUGGUGGGACCGGUCUAUUUCCUGGGUGAACAGGUCUGGUGGGAAUGGUCUAUUUCCUGGGUGAACAGGUCUGGUGGGAACGGUCUAUUUCCUGGGUGAACAGGUCUGGUGUGACCGGUCUAUUUCCAGGGUGAACAGGUCUGGUGGGACCGGUCUAUUUCCUGGGUGAACAGGUCUGGUGGGACCGGUCUAUUUCCUGGGUGAAGAGGUCUGGCAAGACCGGUCUAUUUCCUGGUUGAACACGUCUGGCGAGACCGGUCUACUUCCUGGGUGAACAGGUCUGGUGGGACUGGUCUACUUCCUGGGUGACAGAAGCAGCCCCAUGGCAUCUGGUGUGGGGAGCAGUGUUCUGGUGACGGGGGCCAACAGGGGCAUCGGUCUGGAGCUCGUCAGGCAGCUGGCAGAGUCCACCAACCCGCCUCAGCUGAUCUUCGCUGGCUGUCGAGAACCAGAGAGAGCUAAGGACCUGCGAGAGCUGUCCCAGAGGCACCCGCAGAUGGUCAUCAUAGUAACACUGGACGUGUCGGAUGCGGCCAGCGUGUCGGCUGCCUGCCAGCUGGUGUCCACCAGGCUGGGGGAGGCAGGCCUGAACCUACUGGUGAACAACGCUGCCGUCAACCGUCCCAUUCCCGGCAGCCUGGCGCAGACGGGCGCCGACGACAUGAUGGACGUCUACCGGACCAACGUGGUGGGGCCCAUGCUGCUCUCCAAGGAGUUGAUGCCUCUGCUGCAGAGGGCAGCAGCUCAAGCUUCAGAGUCAGGGUUGUCCUGUCGAAAGGCAGCCAUCAUCAACGUCUCCACGUUGAUCUCCUCCAUUGAAAAGUGCUAUGAGAGCUUUCGUAUGGCGCCCAUGUACCCCUACAGGACAAGCAAGGUGGCGCUGAACAUGCUGACUCGCUGCCUGGCAGAGGACCUGAGGAAGGACGGCAUCCUGGUGACGGCUAUCCACCCCGGCUGGGUCCAGACGGACAUGGGCGGGUCAGAGGCUCCCCUGCCAAGGAAGGACAGCGUCCGGGGCAUGCUGGGAGUGAUGUCAUCGCUCACGGAGCAGCACCGUGGGACUCUGUUGGACUGGAAGGGUAACAGCAUCCCCUGGUAGCAGAGGGACCCACCCAGACACAGAGGCCUGACGAACACUGUCUGUUCCCCCCUGUCGAGUUCCAGUCGUGGUCUCAUCCAGGCUUUCCGAUGGCAUGACAGAGCUCGUCUGCCCUGAAUAAAAACCAGCCUCAA